AUGUUGCGAGGUGAGGCUGUGAUCGAUGAAGAAGGGGUGCUGCGGAUUAAAGGGCGAGUUUGCGUGCCACGUGUGGGUGAUUUGAUUAAGACCAUUCUGAUAGAGGUUCACAGUUCGAGAUACUCUAUCCAUCCUGGCGCUAAUAAGAUGUAUUGCAAUUUGAGACAACACUACUGGUGGACUAAAAUGAAGCGUGAUAUAGUGGAAUUUCUUGCUCAGUGUCUGAACUGCCAACAGCAGUCCGAGCGGACUAUUCAGGUUCUUGAAGAUAUGCUUCAGGCUUGUGUAAUAGGCUUUGGGGGUCAUUGGGAUCAGUUCUCGCCAUUGGCUGAGUUUGCAUAUAAUAAUAGCUACCACUCGAGCAUUGGUAUGGAUCCGUUUGAGGAGUUGUAUGAGAGGAGGUAUAGGUCUUCUAUUGGGUGGUUUGAUGCGUUUGAGGUGAGACCUUAG